AACCAUAGAGUUUAGUGGCCUGAGUGGCCCUGAGGGGGAGGUGGCAGGAAAAGCUAGAAACUGCUGCCCGAGAAGACGGAGCGACAGCCCCUCCUGGGUCUCUGGAAGACGGAUCUUGCAGGUAGCGGCCCACAGAGUCUAAUCCAGGCUCCAGGCAUCCUGAGCCCAGGUUCCCUCAGCUCAUUGCAGCCAUGAGUGCCGAGGUGAAGGUGACAGGGCAGAACCAAGAGCAAUUUCUGCUCCUGGCCAAGUCGGCCAGGGGGGCAGCGCUGGCCACACUCAUCCACCAGGUGCUGGAGGCCCCUGGUGUCUACGUGUUUGGGGAACUGCUGGAUAUGCCUAAUGUUAGAGAGCUGGCUGAGAGUGACUUUGCUUCCACGUUCCGCCUGCUCACGGUGUUUGCUUAUGGAACGUAUGCUGACUACUUAGCUGAAGCCCGGAAUCUUCCCCCACUCACAGAGGCUCAGAAGAAUAAGCUUCGGCACCUCUCUGUCGUUACCCUAGCUGCCAAAGUCAAAUGUAUCCCAUAUGCAGUGUUGCUGGAGGCCCUUGCCCUGCGAAAUGUGCGGCAGCUGGAAGACCUCGUCAUUGAGGCCGUGUAUGCUGACGUGCUUCGUGGCUCUCUGGACCAGCGCAAUCAGCGGUUGGAGGUUGACUACAGCAUUGGGCGGGACAUCCAGCGCCAGGACCUCAGUGCCAUCGCCCGAACCCUACAGGAGUGGUGUGUGGGCUGUGAGGUAGUGCUGUCAGGCAUCGAGGAGCAGGUGAGCCGUGCCAACCAGCACAAGGAGCAGCAGCUGGGUCUGAAGCAGCAGAUUGAGAGUGAGGUCGCCAACCUUAAAAAAACCAUUAAAGUUACCACAGCAGCAGCAGCUGCAGCCACAACUCAGGACCCUGAGCAACACCUGACUGAACUGCGGGAACCAGCUGCUGGCACCAACCAGCGCCAGCCCAGCAAGAAAGCCUCAAAGGGCAAGGGGCUCCGAGGGAGCGCCAAGAUUUGGUCCAAGUCGAACUAAAGGGACUGUCAUUUUUUCCCCUGGAGAUAGGGGGUCCUAGCUGCCUGCCUGGCCCUUAGGAGUCCUCAAAGAGCCUUCCUGUGCCCCUGGCCAGCUGAUAAUCUUAGGUUCAUACCUUUCACCUCUCUUCUCUCCCCUACCCCCAAGCAUAGGUCACACACACCUUCUUUAGGGGGGAGGCAAGUGUCAGUCAUGUUUUUGUUGGUACUUUUUGUUUUCUGUGACUUUCUUAUGUGUCCCGUUGUCCCCCUCACCCAUCCUACUGUGCUCUCCCUCCUGUAUUUUUAAGAGCCAGCAUCUGUCCUUGUUUCUUCUUUGUCAUUGGGUAGGUGAGGCUGCUGUGUCUCCCGUAGAACCCAAGUGGUCCUUACCUUACCCUCCAUCCCUGCAUGACCACUCCCCAGUUCCUGCUCCCUGCCCUCAGCCCGUUUGGGCGGCAUCUGCAGAGCCACAGGGCUUCCGCCUUUGUUCCCACCCUGAGAGUCCUUGGAGCCUGUCUGCCAUUCUAGGAGUCACUGGACACUUUCAUCCUAGAAUUCGGUCACACUACAGUCCUGUCCUUCCCUCUCACCUCCCCUUGGGUCCUGGGAAUGCUGCUGCCUCAGUGACCACAGAGCCUAAGAAGGGCAGCUGUUUCUUGAGAUGUCAAGAGAUGGUUCUUUCUUGGCUCUGGCUCUCUUGGAAAGCCUGAUGGCAAUCCUGGAAGGAUUUGUACUUCCUUUUGUGCGUUUUGUGGGGAAGGGAAGGGGAUAUAGAUUGUAUUAAAAGAAGAGCAUAUAUGCAUAUAUCUAUAUAUAACAUAAUACAGAAAUAAAUCUAUGAGAAAUCUGUAUACAAACAUG